ACAACAGAUCGAUAUUAACUAUGGCCGUCUGAAAUGUGUAGCCCGUAUUGUGCACCGUUACAAUGGUCUUAUACAGUGGGUUAUCAGUACAUUUAGUAGUGCAUCACGGCCUCUAAACACUGAUCACACACGGUACACACAUAGCGACUCGAGCUGUACAGCUUGAUGAUGAUCUGUGCAUCAUGCAGGUGGUGUUCCUGAGGAUGAUGCUGUCCGUUCGUUCCAUCAUCAGUAUGAUUUGGAAAGGCUAUCUUGUGUGUCGACGAGUCCGACGAAAGGCGUGUGUUUGUCUCCUUCUCCUAAUCACUGGCAUGAUAGUUCUAUUAACACAUUCGUACAGACACUACCACCUAAAUCUCCUCUUCACGAAAUCUUUUACGAGCAAUGACGAGCGGCUAAAACCAGUCAAGGGGGUAAAGUCUAUUGCAUUUGGCACUCCAUACUUCGGUAGACAAUGGCCCUCACAAUUCACUGACGUGAGAUAUUGCACUGGUGCGAAAAAGUGCACCGUAACUAGUGAUAUAGACGCAGCUGACGCAGUUGUCUUUUACCACGUGGAUAUGUAUCCAUGGAUCUGGACAACCAGCAUGCGUCGAAAUCCAAACAGGCAUAAGCAGAUCUGGGUUUACUUUGGUCUGGAACCAGAGACCAGAGAGGACAGACUCGCUUCUUUCCUUGAUGGUUAUUUCAAUUGGACGUUAACAUAUCGAACUGAUUCGGACGUGGUGAUUCCCUACUAUAAAGCCACCAGACGCACCUUACCGCUCGGUAAUGGGAGAGUGAUCAACUACGCCAAGGGGAAGUCCAGGAUGGCGUUCAUGCUGACAGGGCACUGUGAGGUUUACAGCCGACGGCUAGACUACGUCAAAGAGUUACAGACGUACAUUCAGGCAGACGUCAUUAGUGGAUCAGGAAGGUGUGGGAAGGAUCUUUGCCCAAGAUGGAAAUGCGACGAUACAAAAUUAGGGUACAAAUUUUACCUUGCUUUUGAAAAUUCUUUGUGUAAGGAUUAUAUAACAGAAAAAUUCUGGAAAAACGCCCUUAUUCACGGAGCAUUGCCUGUCGUCAUGGGCGCAAACAAAGGCGACUACAUAAAGGUGGCACCACCGGGGUCCUUCAUACACGUGGACGAUUUCAAAAGUCCAAAGGAACUAGCCACAUAUCUGAAAAUGCUCAAUUCAAAUGAUGAUCUCUAUAACAAAUAUUUUGAGUGGAAAAUCAAUUACACCAUCACAAAAACGGGGGAAUCGCUUUGUGGCCUUUGUGAUGCACUCCAUAAUGAGACAAAACUAAAAACUAAGAAGGUCUAUGAACACUUUGCAGACUUUUGGGAUAUGACGAAACAUUGUAAAGAUAAGGGUAGGCAGGUUGGAACAAACAUAAUUCAGAAAAUCAUACUUUAUUUUAACUAUUUCUUUGGAGUCUACUAAUCUCACACAUAAGAUGACAAUUCUAGCUUCUAAAUAACAGGGUACAUGUAUUUCAAGGACUGACCAGGCCAAACAGUUUUAGCUAGGAAAAAACGUGAAACAGUAGCAGCUGAUAACAUUCGGCAAAAUUGAGCAGACCAUCGAUUUUUUUAUCACUGAGGCGGCCAGGACGUUUUGCUCGAAUUUGGAAUGAUUAAACAUCCAUCUUAUCAGAGAUCCAUGUAAUUACAAAUAAAAAGUUAAAGAAGAAGGAAUAUGCGUAUGUACUGUCUAUCACGGGAAAUUGGAAUUCUCUGACCCAAUUUUUUUAUUUUCACUGCAUAAGGCAGUGUCGUCGUAUGACAAUUGUACCACCGGUAAUGUACCAAGCUUCUUCAACUUACUGUGUACAAUUCAUGCACUGGUUUUCUGAUUUACCACGGCGGCCGCAUAAUAUCCCAAUAUCUGCACUGUAGGCCUCCUCUGGAAUUACCGUUUUCAAUAGGCUCGUGCAAGAAGGUUGUAAGGUGCCAUUGUUCCAUUUCGAGAAGAUGGGAAAAAGCUAUGAGGCUAAUAUAAGAUGCAUUAUAACAGUCAAAUUUAAUGUAUCACACUGGCUGAUUAACCAUGUUGACCUUUGAUGUAAUCAAAUGUAGUGUAGUGUGCAGGUCCGACAUGAGAUUGUCCAGAAAUUGUUUAACAUCUUAUACGUUCGCCAAAUAAAAGUUCACGUUUAACAGUGGAUCAGGAUGCUGGGUCAAGAUGGUUACAUGUGGGCUGACCGCACCCCACAGGCGUGUCUGUCAAUGCCCUGCUCUGAUUUCAAUCAUCAAGCCCUCUCGUUAAUUACAGCAAUAAAUAAAUACAAGAGGAUUAUUUGUUUGGAAUAAUGAUGCUGGUUAUUAUUCGUGUCGUGAUAGAAUGAUGUAGCCAGAACACAUUUGCAUGAGGUUGUUCGCAUUUUGUAAUAAAUAGUAAUGCCAUUUGCUAUCGAUAAAGUGCUUGCAUCGAAAUGGUUUAUCGUGUCACCAAAUGUUCAUGCAUGAGGCAUUUGAAUGAUUUCGAAACGGGUUACAGAGGAGCGAGA